UGUUGUGCACAUGCGCAUUGUGAGGUCUACCGGAGCUACGAGAGGUAGGGGAAGGGAGUCCUAAUGGCGGAGACUGUACGGUCGCCUUUUGACUACCGGGAACCACCGACCCUCGACAGCGACGGAGAUGGGAGCAAGCCGCCGCCACCACGGGGCCGGGUGUGUGGGAGGAAAAGGAAGGGGACACCUGUGAAGGUGUGUGACCGAGCGUAUGUAACAGAAGAUGAGGAGGAGGAGAGCAUGUCAGAACACAGCUACAGCCCUGGUGAUAGCCAGUAUCCAGAGGCUGCUGAAGACCGCCUCCCCCCACCUGGCAGUCCCUACUACCUGCCUGAUCCCACUCAGCUCUGUGGGCCAGAGUUGGGGGAGGAGGGAGCGAGUGGAGUAAGGGGACCUGUGCUCUUCCAUCCGCCGCCAAACUGCAGGAUUCGAGAAGUCCACUGUGGGACCCAGGUGCGACUUGUCGUCAUUGCAAUCCGAGACAUCGCCAAAGGGGAGGAGAUCACAGUGGACUACAGCCUGACAGACUGGGGCGAGAAUGCAAUGGAAGAAGAGGCUGGCCCCCACCCACUGUCCCUCUCUGUUUCUGAUUACCUCACCCCCUCCUGGUCACUGUCCCCCUCAUCUUCUCCUCUCACCCACUCCGAGCCCAGCGACUCGGACCGCGAGGAGGACGAAGAGGAGGAGGACGACGACGACGACGACGACGACGAAGAGGAGGAGAUUGAGGAGAUGAGGGGGCGAAUGCUUCGGCGCCGCAAGAAGCGCAAGUUGCCAGCGGUGGUCAAUUCCAAGAAGAAGAGCACGUCGCCGUCCUCCAGAGGACCGGGGCGCCCCUGCUCCUCAUUUUCCCACCCGGAACCUGUCGCACCCCCAGCUAGAUCCCAGUCCCAGCCCCCGGUCAGCUCCCUGGCGACCCCGACCACAAACAUCAACAACAACAUUAACAUAAACAUCGGCAGCUCCAGCGGUGCCACAGUGAGCCGGCGACAGCACUGCCCAUAUUGUGGACGCCAUUACCGCUCCCUGGCACGGCAUCUGGAGAAGCACCAUGCCAACCAGCCGGAGGUCCGCGCUGCCAUGGAGCUCGCACAUAUGCACAGCGCUUCAAAUGGCAACGCGUCACACACCCACCCCUCGUCAUCGUCCACCUCCGCUCCCCACAGUCAUUCCUUUGCAGUCCCGCAGUCCUCAGCCUCCAACCCGGCUCCUCCCUCGCUCUUCUCCAGGGAGAGGGAGUCGCCGGCUACGCGCUCUAGCACAGGCGCCGUCUCCUUCUCCCUCUCACUUUCACCGCCUUCCUCAACUCAGCCCGCAGCCUCCAAGAAGGCAGCAAGCCUGUCAGGGCCGGCUGCGAAGCGCCCGGCACCACCGCCGAUGGUGUCGCAGGUCAAGAGUCCGUCACCGCCUCCCCCGUCUACUCCCAGAAGGGGACGGAGGAUGAAGAAAGAGAAGCAGGAAGAGCAGCAGAAGGUGGAGGUGGAAAGCUCAAGGAGUCAAGAGGAGCUAGCUCCACCUCCUACUCCUGAGCCAGACGUAGAUCCAGAGGAAGACCUGGUGCUGAGUGGAGGGGAAGAAGACGCCCUAGAGGAGAAGAACGGAGAGCUUGUAAGGCAUCACAUGUCUCCACUUCUCUCCUCCCUCUCCUGUUUGGUCCUCUACCUCCGGCGCCAGCAGCACUCCUCCUUCUUGUCUUUAACCCGCUCCCCUCACUCUGCUGAGGCCUGGCGCCUUCUCUGCCAUUCCAGCCUCUGCCUGCUCAUCCUCUACAACCGCCACCGGGAAUGUGAGGUGGCCAAGCUCACCAUCCAGGACUACCGUAACCGUAUCACCCCCCAGCCCAGCUGCAGCAACAGCGCCCCCUCUGGCAUGGAGAUCGUGCUGUCCCCCUUUGAGCGCCAGGUCCUCUGUCACCUCCCCCGGGCUGGUGUUUUGGGGAAACGUGGUCGCGUACAGCCGUUAAUUUUCCCUCCGCACUGUGAGUCCUGCCUUGACCUCCUGCUUCAGACCAGCCCCAAUGUUGGUGUGGAUCCAGAGAGCCCUUAUGUCUUCUCCCGGCCCUACCACUCUCCUGCCACACCGCUCCGUGGCACAGACCUUCUGAGAAACCUGGCGCGGAGCAGUGGUGCUAAAAACCCCAGACCACUGACAGCGACACGUGCGCGACGGCAGGUAGCCAUUCUGACUCAGCUGCUCCUACUAGAGGAGGGCGAGGGUCAGGGUCAGGGUGGAGCCACAAAACGUCUGGAGGAGUUCCUGGAGCGAGAGUACCAUGUGACCCAGAACUGCUCCGCUAUCAUUCGGGAUCCAGCACUGAUGGGUCGCGUGGGUCGUGUUGUUCUCUAUGGAGAGAAGGAGGGUGUGCUUUUCAGGGGGAUGAGCCUGCAACACAUCUGCCUCGAGUUGGACGUUAUGUCUGGCAAUUCAGCAGAUUCCUUCUCAGAAAACUCAGAGGCAGAGGAAGAAAAGGAAGAAGUGAAAGAGAAAGCGGAAGUUACUGUGAAGAAGAAAGGACCGGGGCGCCCGCCGAGGAAGAAGAGAGCACCUGUUCCUCCUCCAGUGAACCCAGUGACAGCCAAUGCUCACAAGAGGAGAUGUUUACCUCAAAAAUCAGGAAAACGUGGUGUGCUGAAGCGUCCGUGGUCAGAGGCAGAGCGUGUAGCAGUGGAGACUCACCUGAAGAGAAACCUCAUGGAGCUGCGUGUUCCUGCCAAGGCGGACUGCGAGCGCUGCCUCGAACUCUGCCCUAUGCUGGUUAGCAACCAGCGAGACUGGAGGGCGAUCAAGUUUUACGUCCACAACCGCAUCCAGCUGCUGAAGAAGCAGGGGAGGAGGGAAAGCGCUGCUGGGAACUGCUAGGGCAUGUACAGAGACGUAGCGGAGGACACGUACCAUAAUGUAUAAACCACCAGCAAUCAUAAAGAAGAGAAGCUGGUCUUGGACUCCGAGAGCUGAGAUCAGCUAAGAAAACAUGCAGGUUGCUCCAGUUAAAGAUCAUUCAUACUUAAGUGUUGAUGCCCCAGUGUCUGUUUUCCAGAUGUAUUUUAAGCGGUUUGACAAGAUGUACCUAAGUGUGAAUAUGAGUUCAUGCACAGUGAAUGCUUUUUUUUUUUUUUUUUUUUUGGACUUGAUCCGAUACCAAUACCAGUGGUGGCAUCGGCCUCUGAUACAGCCUUAAAUGCGGUAUCAGGUCACAGUGAGUACGCCAGUCAAUGCACACAUUUUGACACCAUACUGUUUUUUUCUUUCCAAAAGAAUCAACUGGUUUCAGGUAAUUUAUCAUGCAAAGACAAACAUCAGUCCAGUGCUAGCUUACAGUGGAAUGACCAAAGCUAGCAAAUGUCAGCAAUCAAUUUUUUUAAUGUUCCAAUAAUGUGGAUGAUUUUUAACAGGCAUCGGAACAUCUCUAUUUUAUAUACCGUCUAUUCAGAACGCUGGCAGUGGAAAGCAGAAUGUGAUGAAGGUGAUUUUUUUUUUUUUUUUAAAGGUUUCUGGGGUUUCACAGAUCCAGGAGGUUGAAGUACACACUUUGAACCACCAGGACACUCCACAGCAAAAUGUCCUUGGUUUCUGAUGCGUUCGCUCCCGCUGAAAGCUAAUGACCAAACAUGAAUGUGUGAAAGCUUUUGGAUGAGGAAACCUAGGUGCUUGAUCUUUAAUAAUCCCUACAGAGAGACUUCAUCUCUACAUGAUUGAGACAUGUAUGAACUUGUAUAGCUUGCGUUUGAUUGAGUCUGGCAUUGGGCUCCAAACUGAAGAGUGUAUUAAGGAGUAUUCUCAAGGCUUGGACCAUGAUGCACCUGUGAAGCGGUUCUUUCAUACCCCACAUACCAUGAUCAUUGUCAGACUAUUAUGUAUUAAGGCACGCCUACUUGAAUUUAUUGCGUAUCAGAAUAAAAAACAAAAAAAAGUAUUACAUAUGGUCUUAUUCACAAUGUAAAUACUCCCUAAUCUAUGAAAAGUAUACAGUAGUGAUGACAAAGUUAGUAUUGUGUUAUUGUGUAUAUACUGUACAUACUACCUGUACUUAUUAAAGUGUAUGACAUUUUGCUGUGUUUUUCUUAAAAUGGAUUGUAAAUGAAGUUUUACAUUGUUGACAGUAAGUGAGACGAAGAAAGCGGUAAUAAAUACAGAAUCCCGA